AUGAAGGGUGGCAUAAACCCUAGUCUGCCCUCUUCAGGCCUUACCAGUAACCCUUUACCACAACGUGCUGUGCCAUUACAAAUCUCACCGCUUUUUUUAAUCAAAGUUUCAACAGGAUUCUGCUUUCCUACAGAAAUGGAAACCAUGGAAGGUAACAACUUAACAACUGAAACCCUAGGUGGGCUUUCUUCAUCUUCUCAGCCACCCGCCCCACCUCAUAAAACCUCGAAACCAACUCCGGAGGAAAUAUUCGGUGGCGACUUGGGGUCGAAAAACGGCAGCAGCGGCGGUGAGGUCGUUGUUACGACGGUCGUUGAAAAGACUGAGGUGACUAUCGUCAAGGUAGUUCAAGAAAAUAAAGAUGACAUCGUCAUGUUUCAAGAAGGAGAAUCUUUCAGCCACUCUGUUACAGAGAAAACAGAGAACAACAACGAGGUUAAAGAGAGUGAGAAAGAAGGGGCUUUUGAUCAUUUGUUUGAUGGUGAUGAAGGUAUGAACAUAGAUUACAACAAUGAGGCUAAAGAAAAGGAGAAAGAAGGUGUUUUUGAUAAUUUGUUUGAUGGUAACGAGGGUAUAAACGUAAAUUUCACUGAUGAGAAGUUGGUUGCUGGUGAAGAUCUGAUGGAUGUCUGUUUACCCGAUCAGAAAAAGAAAAAACCCGAAAACAUUGCAGCUGUCUUUGAAUUCACAGAUGAUAUGAACGAAGACAAGAACAAUGAAGGAAAUCUUGAAAAUGGAACCAAAUUAGCAGAAAACAAUGAAAGUGAAGAAGAAGAACAUGAUUUUGUGGUGGGUGAUUUUGUAUGGGGCAAAAUCAAGUCUCACCCAUGGUGGCCGGGUCAAAUAUACGACCCAUCAAACGCAUCAGAUUAUGCAAACUCUAUAAAAAGAAAAGGUCAUCUCUUAGUUGCUUAUUUUGGUGAUGGAUCAUUUUCAUGGUGUUCACCUUCUCAAUUAAAACCAUUCAUCGAUCACUUUGAAGAAAUGUCAAAUCAAAGCGACUCCAAGAAGUUUGUACAUGCGGUUCGAACCGCUCUCAAAGUGGUUAACCAUCUUGUCGAAUCGGAACUGACCAGUAAAUGUCAAACUGUUGACCGUGCUGCCCGGGUUCCCAGUGCUGACAUGGCGAACAGUGGGAUCAAGCCCGGUGUGGAGGUCCCAAAAGGGAACACAAUUAGGGUUUUGAUCGAUCGAAUGAACCCGAUUGAGCUUCUUUUGAAGUUGGAAACGUAUGCAACUAUUGACCCUGGUUUGAAAAUGAUUGAGCUUGAACUCGAACUAACCGUGGUUAAAAGCUGGUUGGGUGCGUUUUAUUUACAAAAGGGUGGUUACUUGCUUCCAGAAUACCAUGAUCCGAUGUGUAUUGAAGGGCUUGAAGACAAGUCGAGGAUCGGAAUCAACGAUUCCGAAGUAAACGGGCCGUCGGAAUGUGGAGAGAAUGGUGAUGAUAAAUUGUAUCAAAAAAGGAAACAGAAAAGCGUGGCGGAGCUUUUGAGCGUCGAAGAUGAGCCGCCAAAGAUGAAGAAAGCGAAACCGGUGAAAGACAGUGGUGGUUCCGGGAGGAAACGCAAGGCGGCGCUGGUAGUGGUGGUGCCGGAGUCGCCGGAAAGUGACGGCGGCGGUGGUGGCGGCGGUGGGGAGGAGGACUCGAUGUGUUCGCCGCGCCAGAGGAAGAAAAGCAAGUAUUUGUCGCCGCCGUAUUUGAGUCCGGUUUGGAGUGGGAAGCUGUCAGGUUCGGGUUCUGGUUCUGGUUCUGGUUCUUUCAAAGAACCAAAACCCGAACCUGAAAAGGAAAAGGAAAAGGAAAAGGAAAAGGAAAAAGAAAAGGAAAAAGAAAAAGAAAAAGAUUCUGAAGCUACUGAUAAGCAGGUUGAGGAGUCUUCUUCUUCUAGAAGGAAGCCUCGUCAGAAGAGACGUGUGCGUGAAGGAUCUGAUGAUCAGGAGGGUAAAAUCGUAAUUGAUGGUAAUGUGAAUGUCGACAAGGUUUUGAAUGGGUUGUUACUUGCAGCGCUUGAUCCUUCGGGUUCUGUGGAGAAGAAAAAGCUUGGGGCUGUGACCCGGUUCGUUUCGUCCUUCCGGAGCUCCAUUUUUGAAAACAGAUCUGAAGUUAAACCCGACCCGGAGGUGGAGGAAUCGGAUGUUGGGUUUGUGAAGAGGAAGAUUGAGGAGAUGAGGGAGAUGGUGAAUGGGUGUGAAGAUGAUGAAAUGAGUGGAGAAGUGAAGGGGAGAUUGGAAGGGGUGAUAAUGGAGGUUCUUGAGAGGGUGAAGAAGUAAUUAGGUUUUGGUUUGGUGUUUUGUUUUUAGAAAUUUCAAGGGUGGAAAUAGAUUGAUUAUCUGUUUUUCUUUUGGUUGAAUUAGUAUUUUAGUAUUUAGUAUUUAGUAAGUAGUACUGAAUCUGAAUCUCAUAAGCACUUAAUGGUUUUUUCUGUCACUUAUUUAUGUAGGAGUUUUACUUUUACAUGUUUUUCUGGUUUUAACAAGGGUUGCAAAUGGGCUGAAAAGAUCUAUGUUUUAUUAUAAAGCAAAUGUGAUUCGGAUUCUCGAUCAAGAAAAUGUUGAAACAUACAAUGAGAAUUCAGUUGAAUUCUUUAUAAGCUGUAGUUGUAGGUUUGGAGCUUGCUUUUUGUACCUGAGUUUGACAACAGUCGACAAACAAACCCGAGUUGAGUUUGAGCUUUAAAUGUAUUCGAUCAAAUUUUGGUUUGUUUGUUGAUUGCGUUAUUACUUUGAAUUUUUCAGAGUAUUUAUGUUGAAAAUAAAAUAAAAUGAAAGACCACAUUGUUUUAUUGUAAACUUUUAUAAAUUACAAAUAAG